AAAGGGAAAAAAAAAAAAAAGUGAUGAAAUGAACAAGAAGUGGUGAAAUUACCCAAGCGACUUUUCCUCAGCGAGCGAGCGAGCCGGGGAGAGGAGCAGCGGCGAGCCCCGCACCAGCCCGCCCGCCCGCAGCACCGGAGCUGCCCGGGAGGGACCCAGCGGGCACCCACCGGGGACGGCGGGGGCUGCGCGGUUGGCGGAGUGCGAAUGCAUCGCCGCAGCGAGAUGCAAAAAGCCUUGCCUGCUUGCGUUUGACUUGGCGAUGCCGGCUCCUCACUAGAAUGCAAACCCUUGCACAGGAUGAAAACAGGUCAUUCUUCCAGAAUGCCAGAGGAAAGUUCGCCAAAGCGGAGUCCUCAAAACAUCCCGUACAAGGACCUGCCCCAUAUCAUCAAUGCUGAUGGGCAGUAUCUCUUCUGCAGGUAUUGGAAGCCAGCAGCGACUCCCAGGGCCCUCGUGUUUAUCGCUCAUGGCGCUGGGGAACACUGCGGCCGCUAUGAUGAAUUGGCCCAGAGGCUGACAGGACUUAACUUGUUUGUUUUUGCCCAUGACCAUGUUGGUCACGGGCAGAGCGAGGGUGAUCGUAUGGUUGUCUCAGAUUUCCACAUCUUCAUCAGGGACAGCUUGCAGCACAUUGAUCUCAUGAAGAAAGAGCACCCCGAGCUGCCCGUUCUCAUUCUGGGCCACUCCAUGGGGGGAGCCAUCUCCAUUCUGACAGCUAGUGAGAGACCCAGCGAGUUUUCAGGCAUGGUGUUAAUCUCUCCUUUAGUGGUAGCCAGCCCAGAAGUCGCCACUCCCAUCAAGGUUUUUGCAGCGAAAGUGCUCAACUUUGUUCUCCCAAACCUGUCCCUGGGAUCGAUAGAUGCGAACGCAAUUUCCCGGAACAAGAAGGAGAUGGAGUCUUACACAUCUGAUCCCCUGGUCUACCACGGUGGCAUGAAGGUCUCCUUUGUCAUCCAGCUGAUGAAUGCCAUUGCCAGAAUUGAGCGAGCUCUGCCCAAGCUGACUUUGCCCAUCCUGGUGCUACACGGCUCUUCCGACAAGCUCUGCGAUAUCAAAGGGUCCUAUUUACUGAUGGACACGGUGCAGAGUCAGGACAAAACGCUCAAGGUGUAUGAGGAAGCCUAUCAUGCCCUCCACAAAGAGCUGCCUGAGGUCUCUACCUCUGUCUUCACAGAAAUACUAACAUGGAUUGGCCAGAAGGUCUCAGCAGCUGAGGAAACCAGCCAUACUUAAGAGCCAUUGGUUUUGCGGCUCUUACUGGGGUUUUCUGGGAAUCAAUGCUUUUCUUAAUAGCAGUCUCUCCGAAAAAGAUCUAAUGUGGAGGGACUCUUGGGAUAUUUUAUCGUGCACAGCGUCAGGGAGGGUGGGGGGAGAGGCACAGGGUGGGGCGUUACUUGCUGAUGUAAAUGGCCAUUGCCCUAAUCUGGGGAAGAAUUGAUAGCUGCGGGAGCAGCCCUCAAAGCUUUCCAGGUGGGGCGAUUUUACUGAAAUGCCCCUCACCCACCAGACUUCCCCCAUCACUUCCCCUUCUCUGCUUUCGCUGGGGUGACAGGGGUGUAUUUAUACUGCAAUAAUUUUUGGUAUGUUAAAGAAGUCAGUAUCUUCCACUUCAUGGUUUUGCUUCCGGGUGCAUAUAAUCCCUUCCCUGACCCCACCAUCCAGUACCUUAAAAGCCCUGGUCCUUGAGAGGAGAGCAGUAACGAAGGUGCUGGGUAACAAGGAGAAGCUAAGGAUGGAGCUGACAGCUCCCCGAAGGUGAAAGGCUGGUUUUCAAGGUCAGAUCCCUUCGGAUGCUGCCUUUAUCAGCAGGCCAGGCCAGGGGAGAGCAUAAAGAGCCUCCCCACCGCCCUGCGCGUCCUCUGCGAGUUUGCACUCGGGGAAAGCGUGUUGAACAGCUCUUUAAUUUUCAUCAUCAGAGCAGGAUCCCAAAGGGGAAAGGAAGAAUGUGGAAUCAAACCCACUUAGCACAUUAAUAAAUCCAUGCUUUUCCCAAUGCCAAACCCCAUCUCCUCUGCAAAACUAACUAUUCUGUAAAUAUUCCUAGGGGCUGCUUUUUUUUCCUUCCUUCCUUCCUUCCUUUUUUUUUUCAUUUGGAAUUAAUCACUUGCGCUACUGAAACUGAAAAGCAAAGUCAAAGUUAUAAGAGAAUAUAGUAAUAUAAUAUAUGAUGUAUAUAGAGGUGGCUGGGAGCUGGGGAAGAGAUUGGAGAAGAGUCUAAAGAAAGGGUUAAUUGUUCCUCCUCUUGGCAAGGAAUAAUGUUGUCCUGCCGGGAUCCAGUCCUCUCGCCAUAACUUUACAGUCAUAAUCUGUUGUUUUCCUUCAUCAGUUGGAAAAUGUCCUGAAAAUAAUGCUAGAGAGAAGUGCAGAGCAUCUGGUGGGUGGGGAUUAGCAGUGGGUGUCCUCAUGGUCCACCGGUUUCGCAGGAGACCCACAGCGUGGACAGAGAUCCCGUCCAAGCUCGUCCCAGUCUCCUCCUAACGAGCACAGCCACCUCUGGGGCAGAGCACUGAGCAGAGGGGCUGAGCUCGCCCCGUUAGCCAACGUGGGGAGCUGACGGCAGAGUAUAGGGUGCAGUCAUCCAUCCGACAUCUGCCUUGCUGCACUGGGGGCGUCCAGGGGCGCUGCUGUACAAGCUGCCACGGAGGAGCUCGUGGACUGGUCCAGUGGUGCAGACAAGCCAAAUCCGAGAGCUCCUGGGUGUCUGGUCACAGCAGGGCUAAAGGAAAGACUUAAGACCCGGUUAUGGAGCAGAGGCAUCGUAGCGAUACAGCAAAAGCAGCGUAGUGAUCACAGCGUAGCUGCGCGGGCCAAUUUGUCCAGGGUGAUGGCCCUAAUUAUGAAUACGCUUCUUGGCACUGGCCAAAGGGAGGGGUUUAACCUGCCCCUCUCCCACUAAUUUUGCAAGAAGCGUUCCCUGGAGGUGUUCAAGGCCAGGCUGGAUGGGGCUUUGAGCAACCUGGUCAAGUGGGAGGUAUCUCCCACGGCAGGGGGGGUGGAACUAGAUGAUCUUUAAGGUCCCUUCCAACCCAAGCCAUUCCAUGAUUUUAUGAAAAUGCCCGCAAAUGUUGCACUAUGAGAGAGUGGGGCAUCUCCCCCCAUGACAAACCAGCCCCCUUAUUGCCUUCCCUGGCAGCGGUGGGACCCAUCGCUACAUCUUCUGCCGCUGCCCCCAGGGCUGGAUCCCGCCUGUGACAGUCGCGGGAGGUCACCCACCUCUCUUCCCCUUGAAGCCGCUUCUGGCAAGAUUCAGGAAAGGGACCUUUGUGCAAUAACAGUCAGAAUCAGGGCUUGGUCCUGUUCAGCCCCAGCAGCGCGGAUGGAUGACGGAUGUGUGGGUGCAGGUUACGUCCGUGUAAUGGCCAUGAGGGCCCACGUCAGGAAAGCUCUUUUGUACAGGUUGAUCCAGGCACUUUCAUACUUGUGUUUUCUUGCCUCUAAAGAGAGGAACGAGCUGUAGUUCUCCCAGCAACACUACUUUUUGAUUCAUUAUUCCAGUGCAAUCAGCUGUUCCCACAGAGCCCUGCUAAACGGCUGGUGACGCUUGCUCUGGGGAGGGGGCGACGCACAGGUCGCCUGCUCUGUAUCUUCCAGCAGCCUGGCUUGCUGCGACUUCAUUUCCCCGAGCAAGAGCCCUCCCUGUCAGGUGCUGCUGGGGAAAGACAGCAAAAAGAGAAACACUACAGCGGUGACGAACCUCACCUGCUUCUUCAGCUGGAAGGGGAAUCAAGUAGGCGUGAUCCAGUGGUGACAGACGCUGCGGGGGUAGUGGCAAGAUGAUGAUUUAAGGAUGGGUUUUUUGAAAGCACUUUUCCCGAGGAAGUCAGGAGGAGCAAAUCAAUGCCCACAUUCUUUACAUCCUUUCCCAAACUGACAAGCACUUUGCGGGGGGGAGGGAAGUGACCCUCCAGCAGGAAGGUCAGAGCCCGUCUGCUCCCUCCAACCCGGCUUCAGGCAGAGGAAGGUCCGUGGUCAGUGCCUUUGAUAAAAUGUGUCCUUUCACCCAAGAAACAUCUGCAGCUCAGCGGAAAUAAAAGGAAACCAAUUACGUUGAUGUGGGGAAGGCUUGUCCCUCUCUCUGGCUAAGCUCAGCAAUGGCAUGUGGCCUGGGGAAGCUGUGUUUGAAAAUCAGGUUAACAAACAAAAAGUUGAAAGAACAACGACAGAAAAGCCAAAUAAGCCCCAGGCCCUGGCACAGCAGGGGCUGAGGGUUGCUGCCACCCUCAGCCCGUCUUCUGAAGAAUUAUCUUCUGAGGAAUUGAACAGAAAGAAACCUACCCCAAAAAAAAGCCCACCGCCAGGCGAUAGCUGGGGAGCGGGAGCUGCCCGUGCGCAGGCGGGGAGAUGGGUGCGGAGAGCCGGAGCAGGACCAGAUCCACCCCGCUCAGCCGAGAUGCUGAUGCGCGCCAGCUGUAGCUCAGCCCGAGCAUCCCAGCUCUGGCUGCUGCCGCUGAUCCCUUCCCCUGCCUGUAAGCUACUUUAUAUUGACCCAGUUAGGUUUCACCGUGCCCCAGAGGAGUUCUUCCUUCGCUGACCAGAUUAGUAACGAGCAGAGCUGCCGCCAGGGGAAACGUAAUUAAACUCUGCUUUCAAGUGGCAGGUACCAUUAGCAGGGAGCACAGCCGGCCUUACGAACGUUGCUGCGCGGAGCCGCACCAGAGACCGGUCUGCCUUUGAGAAUACGGUGGCUCUCACGACUGAGCAAUAGCAACGUGUAACUACUGUAUAUAUCGCCACCCGUAGCACUGAGAGACCGUUCCCCACGGCAUAACCCAUCCCAUUUUCUAUUUCGCCUGUUCUUUUUAUACCACACACCUUAGCACACUGCCGGCACAAACCCAUCGAGAACACACUUUUCCAAGUAACGUCUGAGCUUGUCUCUCUUGUUCCGUUGUGCUCCGGUUCAAUAAAAUACAUUUAUAUAUAUAUACACAUAUAUAAAAACAUAUAUACAUACACAUGUAUUUUCAGUGGGAAAAACCAUAUGCAAGUUUAGGAUUCUUAAAGGAAUACAAUGUAUAUUGCAACUAAUAAUAAAGUUAUGUUUUCUGAA